AUUCGCCCAACAUGCCAGCACCUGGCGAUCAAUACCGCGACACUCCGGCCUCGGUGAAUCCCUUCAACGACGCGAAACCGAGCAUCUCAAAGUACACCGCGCAGGAAAUUGCCACGCUUCAGAGCAGGCUAGAGAAGCAGCUGGGACCGGAGUACAUAUCGACACGACCAGGAGCAGGAGGUGGAAAGGUCCAUUAUCUCGCGGCGGAGAAGGUCAUCAAUCUUGCGAACGAGGUAUUCGGCUUCAAUGGUUGGAGCUCCUCCAUCCAGAACGUUCAAAUCGACUUCGUAGACGAGAACCCUAGCACACAGCGGAUCAACCUCGGACUCUCGACCAUCGUCCGGGUGACAUUACGAGAUGGAGCAUUUCACGAGGAUAUCGGAUAUGGACAUUGCGAGAAUGUAAAGGGCAAGGCGGCGGCUUUCGAGAAGGCGAAGAAAGAGGCAGCAACAGAUGCAAUGAAGCGAGCGCUGCGAAACUUUGGAAACGUUUUGGGCAACUGCCUAUACGACAAGGACUACCUAUCACGCAUCACAAAGGUCAAAGUGCAGCCCUCAAAGUGGGAUGCUGGCGACCUACACAGGCACCGCGACUUUGCACCGAUCAAGAAAGAGAUGGCGACCGAUGAGCCGAUACCACAGAACAAAACUUCCGCCGUGCAGCGAAACGCAAGCGUGCAAUCGAACAAUUCCGUUGGGUCGUUCGGCUCUGGCGAGUUUGAGGACGAUUUUGGAGGUAACUUCUUCGAUGAUACAGAUUUUAGCCAUCCUGAUGAGGUCCGUUUAGACGACACGACCGUUGCCGAAGGUGGACAGGAUGAAGGCGCACAAAACCAUCAACGGCAGGGCAUGGCUAGGACACACUCCAUGCCGCAGAUGAGACCAGUCAACAUUCAGGCUCCAACACCGAUGCAAGGCAUGCAGGCGCCGCAGCGACCACAGGCCGUUCCACGUCCUCCAACGAAUGCCGCGCAGGGUGCGCCGCCAUCGAGGAUGGGGCCUCCGCAGACUCCAGGCGCUCAGCAACGACAUAACCAGCAACAUCAGCAGCAGACAAAUCGUCCGCCUCAGCAGAGCCACGAUGCACCGCGAUCAAAUCCGUCCUCUGGUGGGACCACUUCGGGCUCACCAAACAAGAAAGCACCACAACGAGCGACGCAUGGUCCGAAUGGACAGGCGGCGCCCGCACGACCGAUUGCGACAGAAGACAAUGCGAUGCCACCCCAACCACCUCCUGGAGCUCCCGUCGGAUUCGUGACUGGAAGAAGAGCAGAUGUGUUCAAUCAGCCAACGGAAGCUCGACCUCUAGACGCCAGUCUUGCCUUCAAUCCUCACGCGGAAAGUCCAUCUAUCCGGCGAACGCAAGGCGUCAACCCUGGAAAGUCUGCUCCUAUUUCUCGUGAUUUGCUCAGUGCGGCGAAAGGUGCUCAAUCACCAGCCAUGUCUGCAAAUCAACAGCCUAGCGCGCCCGGCGGCUUCUCCAACGCUUCAGGGAAUGGCUUCAAUGGCGCUCCCCGGCCCACCAAUUCCAACUUUGUCAACCCUGCGGCCGACAUGAACCGCAAGAUCGGCAUGCCGAAUAGUGGUCCAGGUGGCUUUCCUUCAAACAACCGAGGAGCAUAUAAGCCACAUGCAGGAGCAAAGCGGUCUGUCAUGGCGGAUGUGACAAACACAUAUCAACCGCAGACGGAUGGCGCAAGUGACGCCAAGAAGCCCCGAGUUGAGGCUGGUGCGGGUGAAGUUGCUCAAGCACAUGACAACAGUGUUGCAACGGGAUGA